AUGCCGAAACUAGCGUUGCAGAUCCGCGCACAGCUCGAAAACGUCACGGAGCUCCAGCCGGCGUCGGCGUCGGACCACAUGCUCAUGGUCCGCGUCAAGUGCACGUCGUGCCAGGAGGAGCACCCCAAGGACGUGGGCAUCGCGCCCAAUGAGGAGGCUGAGGUGCAAAAGGGGCGAAGCACUGCGAAUUUAGUCAUGAACUGCUCGCUGUGCAAGAGGGAAAUGACUGCGAAAUUUGAAGAGCCAACAGCGAAAGCGCCGCUCUGGAGACCGUAUUCGCCGUCGGAGGGCGCCGUUUUCUCGACCCUGUGCGUCGUUGAGGCUCGAGGCCUCGACUUUGUCGGCUUCAUUCCUGUGGGCACAUGGAAGUGCAAGUCUACCGAGUCCGAUACAGUCUUUGAUAGCGUCGAAUUCGAAGAUGGCGCGUGGACAGACUAUGAUGAGAAGGGAGGUGCAUCGGUCUCGAUUAUGGAGCUCGAGAGUCAAUGGGUUAGAGCGUGAAAUACAUCAAAUUGGACCCAGUCCCCUAGCUCUUUUUUGAUGGAGUCAGCCUCUACCGAAGAGGAGGCUGAGGAACAUGUCCUCGCCAGAGGAUCGGUCAAGAAGGUGGCUGUGCUCGCUUUGUGCAAUCAAAAGAGUCUGAAAUCGGGGCGUGGGCGUUUCACCGGCCUACUUCACGGGCGUUUGCCUCAUUGAACGCCCCUUGAGCCCAC